AUGAGUUCUAUAAUAAAGAGCAUAAAGUUUUACGUUAAAUCUACCGUAUUUGGCGUCUUAAUUAGUGGAUGUGCAUUGUAUGGGGUAGUUGCAUCGAUUUUGUUGAGACUUGUUGGAAAGAAGGACUAUGCUCAGUACACCGUCGCCAGGGUGUUUUACCAUACGUUCUCCAAAAUAUUAGGCAUUAAGAUUACUAUCAAGAAUGAGCAUUUCUUGCAUGAUGUGCCAGGUAUUGUUGUUUCAAACCAUCAGUCGGCAUUGGAUAUUUUAAUGUUGGGUAAGAUUUUUCAACCAGGAUACACUGUUACUGCCAAAAAGGCAUUGCAAUACUUCCCAUUCUUGGGGUGGUUUAUGUUGGCUUCUGGUACGUUCUUCUUGGAUAGGGCUAGAGGGGAAAAGGCUAGAAAAGUUUUAGAUAAUGCUUUAAAGACCUUGAAAGCUGAGAAGAGAGCAUUGUUCAUGUUUCCUGAAGGAACAAGAUCUGCUACCAAAGCAUUGGAAAUGUUACCCUUCAAGAAAGGUGCAUUCCACUUAGCCCAGCAAGCAGGUAUACCGAUCAUCCCAAUAGUGGUAAGUAAUACUUCGAACAUUUUUAAUGCAAAGGAUAGAAUCUUCAACUCUGGGGAAAUUUUUAUUGAGGUUUUAAAACCGAUGCCUACUGACGAUUUAGAAACUAACAGCGAUAUAAGUGCAUUCUCUGUUAAAGUUAGACAAGAAAUGGUAGAAGCUUUGCAACGUGUUGGUUAUUCAAUACCGCUGGGUACUUCUAGUGAACAACCACCUGCGAACGACCAGACCGAGGAGGGGAUUACCGAUAUUGACACCGAUACAGAUCCGGAACAAAACGAAUUUUCUGAAGAAACUCCAUUAAUAGCAAAAUAA